AUGGAUGGCUCGCAGGGCGGCUUCUAUAUGCCUGCGGCUGGUCCGCCGCUGACCAACCAACCUCCGCGCAUCUUUGGCAACAUCCCCACCGGCUCGCCCAUACCCGCUUCGCUCGCAGGCCAAAUGUUCAGCCAGGACGAUCUAGACGAUGGAAAUGAUCAAGGAGACCCAAAGAGGCGGAGGAUCGCGAGGGCUUGCGACAUGUGUCGCAAGAAAAAGAUUAAGUGCGACGGCAAGAUGCCCUCGUGUACGCACUGCCAGAACUACAAGACGGAAUGCAUAUUCACACAAGUCGAGAAGAAGCGACAACCGCCGAAGGGCGCCAAAUACAUCGAGGGCCUCGAGAAUCGUCUUGCUCGCAUGGAGUCCCUGAUGCGACUAUCAGGCGUGCUUCCGGACGACGAUGAUGGCAGCACAGAUUUGGCAACGUUGGAGAAAAGGCUGGCGGAUAGGGCAGGUCAAUCGACGCAAUCACAGUCAGUGCGUACGACACCUGCCCCACGAGCGUCUGAAGAGCGAAGAUCAUCUCCUUCACAGCCGACUCAGAAGGUUGGCAAUGAUACUCCGGUACAACCUGGCCUACCUAGCCCUACCAGUGGUGCCGCUUCGCCAGAGCCUGCGAGACUGAGCACUGAGGCCAAGGACAAGGAUGAAGAUACCUUAGCGGAAAUGAUGUGCUCAUUGGUGACGAACAAUUAUGGCGAAACGAGAUACAUCGGAUCUUCUUCCGGAUUCUCCAUCUUCUCACCCAAAGGUAUACAAUGGGUCAAUGAGAAAACUGGAGAUGUAUCAUUCCAGGACAUGAUAUCUACUGCAGCCAUCGACGACAACAAGUGGAUCCAGUGGAAGCCCGAUGUUUUCCAAGAUCUAUUCAAGCGACGUGUAUAUCGGCCGCUGCCGCCCAAGAACGAAGCCUUGUCAUUACUGAAGGACUAUUUCGAAAAUUUCAAUUGCAUGUUCCCACUGUUCCAUGAGCCAACUUUCAUGCAUCUUGUCGACAAGCACUACUCGAAGGAACCGUAUGAGGGCUCAGGCUGGUGGGCCAGUUUGAACAUCGCUCUUGCCUUCGCCCAUCGUCUUCGAGUCAUGAGCAACCUUGUGCCACAGGAGGAGGACGAAAAGGCAGAUCAAUAUCUCAAGAAUGCAAUGGCCGUCCAAGUCGAGUUGACCAUGCGAAACACGGAUCUUCUCAGCGUGCAGGCCCUUCUUGGAAUUGCGCUUUUCUUGCUCGGUACGCCAAAUCCCCAGUCGACAUAUUUCUUCGUCGCUGCUGCCCUACGUCUGUCACACAGCAUCGGAUUGCACAAAAAGGGCGCGGGUUUCAACCUCAAUGCAUCGGAAGUCGAGCAAAGGAAGCGAGUGUUUUGGAUUGCGUAUAUGCUGGAUAAAGAUAUCUGUCUUCGCUCCGGCCGACCGCCUGUUCAAGACGAUGACGAUAUGAAUGUGGAGCUUCCAAGCGAAGACCCUCCAGACAACAUCGGCAACAUCCCACUUGCAGAUGGUAAAGGAAAGCUCAACCUGUUCCGCCUCAUGUGCACUUUUGCAAUUAUCGAAAGCAAAGUCUACAAGCAACUCUACUCAGUCAAGGCCUCGAAGCAGACAGAUGGCGAGCUGCUGAACACAAUUGGCGAGCUAGAUAAAGAGCUGGAAGCAUGGAAAGACAGCAUACCACUCGACUUCCGUCCCGAGCACGAGAUCAAAGCAUCACAUACUCCCCUCAUUCUCCAUGUCGUAGUCCUCCAUUUCGGGUAUUACAAUUGCUUGACGACUAUUCAUCGCAUGAGUGUCCACCAUGGUUACUGGACGAGCCGACUAUCGAACUUUGCCAUCCAAGGUCUCAACGCCCGGCCACUAAACCCGCGUGUCUUCAUGUCUGCACAACUAUGUGUACAGGCCGCCCGUGCGUCCAUUCAUUUGUUGAAGUACAUCCCUAAGGGCGACUCAUCUUGUGUGUGGAUGGUGAUCUACUUCCCGGUCACAGCUCUCGUGACGCUUUUCGCGAACAUCCUGCAGAACCCAUCGGAUACUCGAUCGCGAUCAGAUCUCAAGUUGAUGAACCUAGUCGUCAAUUUCCUGAGCAUGCUCAGCUCUGAUGAGCGUAAUGGCAGCGUCAAACGCAUGCUAAGCGUCUGCUCCGAGUUUGAGCGGAUUGCCAAGAUUGUGUUAGACAAAGCAGAUCGCGACCAUGCAUCGAGGCGCAAGAGGAAGCAAGGUGACAGCGAACAGGAUGCGGAGAUUGAAGCCACCGCGAAUGAGAUUCUCACGCCGGCGUACCGUGCCGCACAGUCACCUCCACAGACCAACAAUCCCUCCACGCCCGGCCAAGUUCCCAAUGCCGAUGCCUUCAACCCUGAUUUCCAUGGCUUUAAUGAGCCAUUCCCAUUCUCGCCUAAUUUCACGCACGCAUCGCUCAAUGAUAACAAUCCCAUGGCCCAAUUCGGUUCGCCAUCAAUGGCCGCACAGCUCCUGCAGCAACACGGUGGUAUUCCCAUAGGCACGAGCGGCGGUGGCGGCGACACCACCAUGGGCGGCAUGAACAGCCUCAACUCGCUCGCCAUGGGCAACUUCGAGCAGAACUUCAACAACGUCCCCCACGACAUAUGGCGAAUGCCAAUGACGUUAGAAUGGGAUUGGGCCGACAUGACUGGGUUCACCGGCCUCGCAUCGACGGGCUACGAAGACGGAAUCAGCAUGAACGGCGUGAUGCCAGAUUUCUCCAACGGCGCCCAGGGAACAAGCGGGAUGAACAUGCAGGCGAUGAAUGGAAAUCGACAACAUCCGCGUUGA